AUGGCCACCCAGAGUCAUGGAGAUUCUGUGGUCUUCUUUGCUCAGGACCAGUUCCUUCAAGAGCUGCAACGGGACCUAGAUGGUGUAGAUGUUAUGAAAGAAGGACUUUCCCAGAUUUCUCAGAACAAAGUAGCAGUUCUCCUUCUGGCUGGAGGGCAGGGGACAAGACUUGGAGUUGCAUAUCCCAAGGGCAUGUAUGAUGUUGGCUUGCCAUCCCACAAGACACUUUUCCAGAUCCAAGCAGAACGUAUUCUGAAGCAGUUGGCUGAAAAGCACUAUGGCAACAAGUGUGUCAUCCCAUGGUAUAUAAUGACCAGGGGUAGGACAAUGGAGUCUACAAAGGAGUUCUUCAUGAAGCACAAGUACUUUGUUUUACAAAAGGAGAAUGUGGUCUUCUUUCAGCAGGGAAUGCUGCCAGCUAUGAGUUUUGAUGGGAAAAUUAUCUUGGAAGAGAAAAACAAAGUCUCUAUGGCUCCAGAUGGGAAUGGUGGUCUCUACCGGGCUCUUGCAGCCCAAAACAUUGUGGAGGACAUGGAGCAAAGAGGCAUCUGGAGUAUUCAUGUCUAUUGUGUGGACAACAUAUUGGUAAAAGUGGCAGGCCCACGGUUCAUUGGAUUCUGCAUUCAGAAAGGAGCAGAUUGUGGAGCAAAGGUGGUAGAGAAAACAAACCCCACAGAGCCAGUUGGAGUGUUUUGCCGAGUGGAUGGAGUGUACCAGGUGGUAGAAUACAGUGAGAUUUCUCUGUCGACAGCUCAGAAACUAAGUUCAGAUGGACGGCUGCUGUUCAACACAGGGAACAUUGCCAAUCAUUUCUUCACUGUACCAUUCCUGAAAGAUGUUGUCAAUGUUUAUGAACCUCAGUUACAACACCAUGUGGCUCAGAAGAAGAUCCCAUAUGUGGAUUCCCAGGGACACUUAAUGAAGCCAGACAAGCCAAAUGGAAUAAAGAUGGAAAAUUUUGUCUUUGACAUCUUCCAGUUUGCAAAGAAGUUUGUGGUGUAUGAAGUAUUACGGGAAGACGAGUUCUCCCCACUCAAGAAUGCAGAGAAUGGGAAGGACAACCCGACCACUGCUAGGCAUGCUUUACUGUCCCUUCAUCAUUGCUGGGUCCUCAAUGCUGGGGGACACUUCAUAGAUGAAAAUGGCUCUUGCCUCCCAACAAUUCCCCACUUGAAAGAUGCCAAUGAUGUACCAAUCCAGUGUGAAAUCUCUCCUCUCAUCUCCUAUGCUGGAGAAGGGCUAGAAGGCUAUGUUGCAGAUAAAGAGUUCCAUGCACCUUUAAUCAUCGAUGAGAACAGAGUCCAUGAGCUGGUGAAAAAUGGCCUGUGAAUCCUCAAGUGAG